GGGCUGUUUAUGUUGAGAAACCACUUAUUGAACCUCUAACAAGCUUUGAACCUCUUAUCUUUACUAAUGAUCGAAUUCACUUGGAUAAAAUUGCACGACUCUUCAGAGCCUUGCGUUUGGGAGGUGAUAAUCUGAAGACAUAUUAUAAUUCACUGCCACCAUCUGUAGUAACUGAUGUAGAUCCUCAGCGUAGUCUAUGUGGACUUUACAUGAUAGUUAUGGAAUAUGUUAAUGGCCAGAAACUACGUGAUUGUGAUUUGGAAGACACUGAACGUAAAAAAAUUAUCAAUGACAUUGAAGUGGCUAUAAAUCAUCUACACACGAAUGAUAUUGUUUUUGCAGACCUCCGUGAUUCUAACAUCUUGGUUAUUAAAGAUGAUGAUGAAAAGUACAGCGGAAUGUUGGUAGAUUUCGACUGGGCUGGCAGGGAUAAUGCGUUUACUGUGUUAUCAUGUGGCCAUACAUAUCACAGAGGAUGUAUUGAGAAAAAUUAUCUACUUACGCAAAAAAAUAAAUGUCUUUUUCCUGGUUGCACUGCAACCGUUGAGGCCGUAAUCCCCGAACGAAGAUUUUCUGUAUCGUCUCAUUCGAGUACUUCAUCGAUAGUUAGGAGAAUGAGCAACCAACUUCAGAUUAAUUCGCCAGUAAUCCAAGAAGAGGUGUCAAAUCAAGAAAUGGACGUGGAU